UUCAUCAUCAUCGGAUGAACGAAAUCAGAAAAUCGAACAGAAAUUGGGGGGUUUAGGGUUCAUCAUCAACCUGAAUUUGAAUUUGUCGAGAUAACAAACAAAUCAAAUCGAAGAAAAGAAAAUGGGGAGUAUUGUAAAGGCGUAUUAUUAUUGUCAGCACAAGAGCAGCAGCAGUUUUCAGCUUCACCACCAUUAUUACAGCAGAGGAAGAACUACUACUACUUCCAACCUUCAGAACCCUGUUUCCCUCUUCGCCUUCACUUCUCCUUCCAUUUCAUCUUCUUCUUCUUCUGAUCCCCCUUCUCCUUCUCCUUCUCCUUCGUCUUCAUCUGCAUCUCCUCGUCCUAUUAAACACCAAUUCGUUGGAGGCGGCCACUUCAUCAUUCCCUCGAUCGCUGUGGCUGCUUCCGCCUGCUUCUUCCUCCGUCUGCACCUUAACCCUCCUAUCAUCACCUCCUCUCCCCUUGAUGAUUUCCAGCUCCAACUGGAGGAACCAGGUUCUAUCAGAGAGCUCCCUCUCCUCCACCGCAAUCAUCAUUAUCUCCUCAAAGCUCUUCACUUUUACAAAGUCAAGCCAGGUACCGUCCUCAAACUCCUUGACGUUUACGACUCCGAUAGCUACGACUCCUUGAAAGCCCGCAUUCGUUUGUCCGCCGAGUGGUUGGAGACUGCCAGGAGAGAGCUCGAUGAGGUUGCUGAGAGGGACCCUGCUCGGGUCAUGGAGUACUCCCAGGUGGUUGAUGAGCUGAUGGAGAUUCUCAGGGACAUGGACCUUUACAUCGACAAAUGCCAAAAGGACAACGUCAAGGGUUACCUUCGUUCCUGCAACCGCUUGCUUGCCCGUGUUAGGAGGAUGGAGGCUCAGAUUCUCAAUCUCCUCAAAGAGUUUCAUGAGGAGGAUGACCAAGGACCUGGAGGACAGACUUAACUUAGUCUUGUUGUUUAGGAACAGAUAGCUAUUGGACAGGGUAAAUUGCUUCUUGCAGCCACUUGUCUUUUCUUUUGGGAGGAGGUUUUAGCUUACAACUUUCAUAUGAUGAGCUCUGACAAAACAGAGAAUGCAGUUAUAGGGAAUAGUAUUGCAUACCUCUGGUAUCACGAAAAAACAAAACUUGUACUUACUGAAUGAGAUAGUGUAAUCUUGUAGUGAAUCGUUAUUUCUAAAUGCAUCGACUAUAGAAAAUGUGAUGUUGGCUUUCUAUGUAUACAGUGGCAAUCCCAAUGCUUAUAUAAAGUCCUGCUUUUGUGGGAUCCAGCUAGUAAGCUUUUUCUUGGUCACUAGAUGUUUUUCUUGGUUGAUUCAAUCUACGACGUACGUCCACGCCAC